AUGAAAAACACCAAGGAGCAUGGGGAUGAUGACAGCCCUAACAAAGUAUUGAAUGGCAAGCCGUCGGAAGAGGUGCGAUCGUCGAUGAGCCGGGAGGAGAAAAAGACCGCCAAAGGCGCUCCUGCCAGAUCGAGAGCGUCCGUUCCGGGUGCUACCUUUCAUAGUACUAGUACUGCCAAGGAAGGCAAGACUCCUGUCACCAGACAUACAGUGACAAGUAUUGACGUGGAUGACCAUUGUUGUUUGGAAGAUGCAACAACACUACAGAGUGGCUUGACUCGCUUUGCCGAAGAACGAGCUGCCAAGGAAGCUGCUAGAGCCAGCAGGGAUUCCGCUACUGGCGCAGCCGUCCUUCCAGGAGCCGUCUUGCAACGCAGUCAGGACCGCAGAGCAACUCAAAAGGCCGCCAAGAACCACAAUGUGACUAAUAGUGCUGCUGUUGCGGGUUCUGUGACUACUACCAGUACUAGUACUGAUAAUGAUGCGGUCAUUCAACGUGGUCUUCGACGAUCCGCAGAAGAAAAAGCAGUCAAGGAGGCAGCUAGAUUGGCCACAAUACAGGGAGAAGCCGUUGGUGCUACUACUGAUGCAACCAGCACUGACCCUAUUCAACGUGGCCUGCGUCGAUCAGCGGAAGAAAAAGCCGUCAAGGAGGCUGCCAGAAUGGCCACGAAACAGGGAGAAGCAGUAGGUGCCUCGACUGAUGCUACCAGCACUGACCCUAUUCAACGUGGGCUGCGAAGAUCAGCCGAAGAAAAGGCAGUCAAAGAGGCUGCCAGAAUGGCCACGAAACAUGGAGAAGCAGUAGGUGCUUCCAACGACACAAAUAAUGCAGCCGUCGCAUCGGGAGAGGCUGUCAAAGUUCUUUCGGGAAAUAAUACGGGCAAUGGCGAGAUGCAGCCUGGUGCUCAUCGCGUAUCAGCCAUGGACAACAGCGUUGUCAAUAAUAACCACCGUGAUAGUACUGCCACCAAGAAAGGACUUGGCAGGAACAGCAUUGCGGCUGUGCAAAGAAGAAACGACGAGAGAGAAGCUCCCCAGAUGCUGGACGACAAGAACGCGGCCGACGAUGCUGAAAGCCUUCGUGAAAAGAUCGCCGUCGCUUCUUCCGAAAGGUCCACGAACACGCUGACGCACCCGCGAGAGAAAAGUACAAAGGCACUAGUCGAGUCGCCCAAAGAAGAGGCAAAUAAUAUUGGAGUCUCCGCUCGGAGUUUUGACGUGGAGAGUCAACGUAGAGGCGAUGAACCAGAAAUCGAUGUGGACAAUGUGGAUGGGUUGGCUGUCGCCACGGCUGUGAUGGAUGAAUCCAGCAAACGCCAUUACCAAGAAGCCCAACAAUCUCGGGUUUGGGUUGCGCCCUUCAUCCCGUGA